AAGCCGCAUGCAAGCAGCUUCUUCCGCGAGGCUCAAUUCAGCAACGACGGAACAACAAUCAUCACCAACAACGGCAACCAGACCCUCACCACCUUUGUCCUGCCAUCCGAUCUUCUAGACGAAACCAAACAGCCACACACCCUCUCAGCCAUCAAUACAAUCCACUCACCAAGCCCAAUCCAAAGCUACGCCGUCUACCCCAAAUUCAGCCUCGAAGACCUAUCCACCACAGUCGCCCUCUCCGCCUCAAAAGACCUGCCCAUCACUCUUUCAAACGUCCUCCACCCGGAUGUCGUGCACGCAACCUAUCCUCUCAUCAACGCCACCACCGAAGCGUACAUCACUCCCAACAGCCUCCUCUGGACUGCAGACGGCACACGCUUCAUCGCAGGCAGCGACAAUCGCAUUUCCGUCUUCGACGCUUCAGCCGAUGGCUCUGGUCCCGUCAUACAACACAGGACGGCACCUGGUCGGGCGGAGAAGCGUUUCCCGGGCAGAUCGAGCGCGCAGCAUUGCCGGGGAAUCGUCAGCGCACUGGAUCUCAGCAUCGAUCACUACCUAGCGGCGGGCACGACACAGCGGGAAAUCGCCAUCUACGAGCACGAAGGUAUGGGUGGACAAGCUGUGACGUCUUUCUCCCUCGCUCCGUUGCCCGGAGAAGUCGAUGUGGCCAAGGGAAACGGCGUCACGCAGAUGAAGUGGACUUCUGACGGCACUUAUCUGCUCAUCGCCGAGAGGCAGAGUGAUUGCAUUCAAGUCUGGGAUUUGCGCCAUUCGCUUCGGAGAGUGGGGUGGUUGGGUGGACGAGGGGCGAAAACGACGCAGCGGUUGGGCGUGGACAUUCUGUCGACUGCUGAUGGGGUGGAAGUUUGGGCUGGGGGAAUGGAUGGGCGUAUUCGGAUGUGGAGGAAUCCCGGGUUGGUGGAGGGGGAG